CCCCCGAGGACCGCAGCAGGUUGAGCGGCGCUGCUGGUGUCAGAGCCCGGCGAGCGUUGGCAGUUCCGCGGCGGGGAUGCUGAGGAGCGCUGGGCUGGCGAGCAGCCGUGGCCACUGCGGACUUCCGAGGUAUUCCGGGCCGUAAAAACCCCUGGGCCGCUGCCAACCCCAGGUUCCUGAGGCCAUUCACCGCUCCUGAAGCCGGCCGGGGCGAGAGUCCAGCGGAGCAGCGGCUGUUCCCUGAUUCUGGGCUUUCGGAGCGUUCUGGAACCCCGAGAGACAUCCCGGGGCUCUAGAACCUCCCCAGCGGCCCCCAGUCCCGGCUUCCUGCGUGCGUCUGUACAAAACCCCCUCGGGUGCACCGGUCGCCGGCGAGCCGUGGCCGGAUCCUGGCACACAGCAUGAUCGUUGCAGACUCCGAGUGCGGCGCGCAGCUGAAGGGCUACCUGCCAUUCUCCCCGGGCGGCGGCGGCGGCGGCGGCCCCGGGGCCGGAGAGGAGCAGAGGGGAAGUCGGACUCGGCGAGGUCCCCGAGGGCCCAGCGCCUUCAUCCCAGUGGAGGAGGUCCUUCGGGAGGGAGCAGAGAGCCUGGAGCAACAUCUGAGGCUGGAGGCAUUGAUGUCCUUGGGGCGAGUGGACAACCUGGCGGUGGUGAUGGGCCUGCACCCUGACUACCUUAGCAGCUUUUGGCGUCUACACUACCUCCUGCUGCACACAGAUGGGCCCCUGGCCAGCUCGUGGCGCCACUACAUUGCCAUCAUGGCUGCCGCCCGCCACCAGUGUUCCUACCUGGUGGGGUCCCACAUGGCUGAGUUUCUGCAGACUGGUGGUGACCCUGAGUGGCUGCUCGGUCUCCAUCAUGCCCCCGAGAAGCUGCGCAAGCUCAGCGAGAUCAACAAGUUGCUGGCACACCGGCCGUGGCUCAUCACCAAGGAGCACAUCCAGGCCUUGCUGAAGACGGGUGAGCACAGCUGGUCUCUGGCGGAGCUCAUCCAGGCCCUGGUCCUGCUCACCCACUGCCACUCGCUGGCCUCCUUUGUGUUUGGCUGCGGCAUCCUCCCUGAGGGGGACCCAGAGGGCAGCCCUGCCCCCCAGGCACCUUCACCCCCCAGCGAGCAGAGCAGCCCCCCCAGCAGGGACCCAAUGAACAACUCUGGGGGCUUCGAGGCUGCCCGAGACGUGGAAGCGUUGAUGGAGCGCAUGAGGCAGCUGCAGGAGAGCCUGUUACGGGAUGAGGGAGCAUCCCAGGAGGAGAUGGAGAGCCGCUUUGAGCUGGAGAAGUCAGAGAGCCUUCUGGUGGCUCCCUCAGCUGACAUCCUGGAGCCCUCUCCACACCCAGACAUGCUGUGCUUUGUGGAGGACCCCACUUUUGGAUAUGAGGACUUUACCCGGCGAGGGGCUCAGGCACCCCCCACCUUCCGUGCCCAGGAUUAUACCUGGGAAGACCAUGGCUAUUCACUGAUCCAACGGCUCUACCCUGAGGGUGGGCAGCUGUUGGAUGAGAAGUUCCAGGCAGCUUAUAGCCUCACCUACAACACCAUUGCCAUGCACAGUGGAGUAGACACCUCCAUGCUCCGGAGGGCCAUCUGGAAUUACAUCCACUGUGUCUUUGGUAUCAGAUAUGAUGACUAUGACUACGGGGAGGUGAACCAGCUCCUGGAACGGAACCUCAAGGUCUAUAUCAAGACGGUGGCCUGCUACCCAGAGAAGACCACCCGAAGAAUGUACAACCUCUUCUGGAGGCACUUCCGCCACUCAGAGAAGGUCCAUGUGAACUUGCUGCUCCUGGAGGCCCGCAUGCAGGCUGCCCUUCUCUACGCCCUCCGUGCCAUCACCCGCUACAUGACCUGACUGCGAGCAGGAUCUGGGCCCGGAGCAGCUGACCCUGGGGGCAUCCUCCUCCCUGCAAGGACUUCUCUUUCUGGAGACAGACCCCGAUCCUUUUCUGUCCCAGCCCCCCCUCCCCUACUCCGGAGGUGGGCUUGUGUGUGACUUGUAGCCCCUGAGCCGUACCCUCCUUUUUUCUCACCAGAACGGACAGGAUCAUUGCAUUGACCUCAGCAGAGAUCUCUGCAGAGAUCUCAGCUCUGCCCUCGGGAGCUGGAAGAGGAGGACUAGCAGAUCGCAAGGGACCAUGCCCCUCUUCCUGCCCCUGACCCCAGAGGCGGAGGGCACCGGAAGGAAAUGAGCUGAGCUCAGACUCGCGUGCCAGCAGGCUGGGCCGCAGGCAUCACAAGUACUGUGGCCUUCCUGGACUGGGAAGUCCCUGCCUGCCCCUGAAGGAGAGGGGCGGACACCUGCAGGGACUGACACUCCAAGCAGUUGUGCCCUUUCUCCUCCUCCUCCUCCCUCACUCCCAGAUUUCAUUACCUCCCACCUGCCAUUCACCCAUCAAUGUGAAAGUCAGUGUCACAGCUGGUCUGUGUGUUCGGCUUCCCAGAAGCCUGUUCUGUUGGGCAGCCUGAAGGCCCCCUGUUCCCUAGUUGCCCUGAUCCUAGUUUAGCACCUUUGACUUCCUUCACCCUCUGACUCUUUUUUUCCCAUGCCUGAUGGUGUGAGGCCCCAGGAGAGAGAUCAAGCACGUCAAAAAAGUAGAUUAUCUCUAGUGAGCUUGGGGUGUCCGUGGGUCCCUCUGACUUCUGAAGAGGAGGGAGUAUUAUAAAUUCUCUGUAUUUUUGGUU